CGGGGGGGGACGCGAGCGAGGGAAAGGGUGACUGGCAGACCCGGCUGUGGCGAUCCGAAGUCGCGGAUUCGGCACGCCGCGGUUUACCGAUCGUAAUAUGGCGUACAAGUUUCGCGAGGAGAUCGUGGGAAAGAGGUUUCUCUCGGUGAGUGGUUUCACCAAGCCGAAGGUGAAUAAGAUUAGUGAGUGGGGUUGGCGUGCGGGGGUGAUACGUGCUGCCAGUCACAGGGAUAAUGGCUGUCAUGAUCUUCAGGUCCUCGUAGAAUACGACGACGUGGAGUGGCAACGGAGAGAGUGGCUGUCGCCUCACAGGGAUGCCGUGUUCUCCUUCUUUCUCAUCGAACGUGGUCUCUACUGGGCCGAACGACCUGACCCCAGGCACGCCAGUCUCAUCCCCAUCGAUCAUCACAAUCACGCGAACAAUAACCACCAUCAGCAUCGCAUUAACGGGAAACCGCUCAGGAGCGCCGCGACGGUCGCCGACACCGUUGCUUGGCCAGCUCUCACUUUCUAUCCUCUCGUGGCACGCGCCGAGUUGCAUGAGGACGCCAUGCCGAUCGAGUUUAUGCAGGACCGCAAACUGGACUUCGUCGACUACUCGAAGCUGAAACCGUUCACUCAGGAUUGGGAGCUGACUAAGGGCACGAUGCCCUGGGGAAACGCCGUUAGGAGAUGGGCCGAGAUGCAGGACGGCCAGAGAAUCCUGCUGACUACGCCCAGCGUCCUGGUCGGUUUCAGGGUCGAGGUUUAUCGGGCGGAAGGCACCACACAAUGGUACACAGCCGUGAUCGUCGGUUACAACGAGUCCACUAAGGACUUGACCGUCACCGACGAUACGGUCCUCGAAGAUCACAACGAGGAUCCCACCUUAGUACAAAUGCGGCUAAUCGGCGAUGGAGUCGUCGAGAGCAUCAUGAGGGGCGAGGUCGUCGGCAUGACACCGAGGAGGUCGAGGUCAUCGACUGCUCUGACGCACGCGCUCGUUGUGCCCCGACCUGGAAGGAGGCCACGAAGACGGCCGGGAAACGCGGCGCAGUUGCAGACAACUCCGAGGGUGCAGAGUCCGAUACCGCAGCAUCUCGAGAAAGAGAAGAACAACGCCCGUAACAAUCGACGUAGACGCGUGAGCGAAGGUGCCAGUCGCGAAAGAACCGAGAAGGAUCCCGAAGCGGCGUUACCCGCGCGGCAGCAAGAGGAUCGUGAGAACAAGGGCCCAACGUCGGGUAGGGUCGGCAAUCGGGUAGCGCGGCCGGUGUUGGAAGAGGCGAACAGCGCAUCGGGAAGCGCUUCGAAGUUACGAAGACGCAACACCGCGGUAAAGAGUCCGACCCACGGUCCACCGGCGCAACAGCAAAGACCAGCGCGAAGGAGACUAAGACCAGGAGGCGGCCAGGAGGUCAAGACAGACGCGGAAGAGCCCACCGAGCAGCAUCAGCGUACCGGUGCCGCGAGAGCUGCCGCUGCCGCUACCGCCGCCGCCGCCGCCGCCGCCGCCGCCGCCGCCGCCGCCGCUGACAAGGACGAACGUCUCGGUAGCAGGUCGGAGGAAGAGGAGGAAGAGGAGGAGGAGGAAGAAGAGCGUCUCGGGGGAGAGGAUGAGGAGAGCCAGGAACGCUGCGAUCCACUGACUAAGCGGCUAAGAACAAGCCCCGUCGGCAGAAAGCUUCGUUCCGAGAGUAGUAAGGGCAAAAACGCCGCACCGGAUCGAGCCGGAGAGGUAGUGCUGGAGGCUGAGGAGGAGGAGGAGGAGGAGGACGACGACGACGACGACGACGACGACGACGAGAACGACGACGACGAAGCCGAGGAAGAAGCGGGGGAGGAAAAACACGACGGGACCGAGCGAGAGGUCGACAAACUCGAGGAGGACGAGGAAAGUCAAUCCAGAGAGAGGGACAGAGAACCCGAGCCGCCACCUCCGGACAAAGUAGAUCCCGGAGGCGAUCCAACUUCCAAGGAGCAACCAGGUAGCAGGUCAGAAUCGAAAAAGGACGCUCGCACGGCCGAUCGAGAGGCUAACGAAAACGAGCGGAGCGAACAACAGCAGCAGCAACAACAGCAGCCGCAGCAACAGCAGCAACAGUCACAACUGCAGCAGCAACAGCCACAACAGCAGCAACAGCAACAACAGCCGCAGCAGCAGCAACAACAACAGCAACCGCAGUUACUCGUGAAUGGAUUGCACGUCAACUCGGUGGCCAACGACAAGACGAAUGCCAUCCGCGAAGGUAGCCCGUCGUUGUUGAAGUCAAACGCUCGAUCAAAGACAAAGAGGUUCGCGGAGGAAGAAGAAGAAGAGCGCGACGAGAACGACGAGGAAGAGGAAGCGGGCUCACAGCGGUCGCGCCGAACGGAGCUGACCACCACCGAGUUAGGCACGGAGGAUAGCGUGGGUAGCGUCGGCGGUGUGAGGGCGGCCAGCGUCGAAUCGGUCGUCGAGCUGCUGGAGUCGAGCAGUCAGGACUCAGGCUCCGUGCUGGAGAGGCUGAGUCCGCUUAGUAGCAGCGGCGGCGGCGGCCCUGGCAGGCAGAGCCUGCUCCUGGAACAGCAGCGGGAGCAGGAACGCAAUCGGCACAACGAAAGUCCGGUCAUCCUAGCCGAGAGACUGAACAAGCCGCCACCGCCGAUUGCCAGUCACCAUCACCAUCAUCAUCUGCAGCAGUACCAUCAGCCGCAUCACCAACAACAGCAGCAGCAGCAACAACAACAACAGCAACAGCAGUCGUACCAACACCAUCACCAUCACCAACAACAGCAACAUCAGCACCACCAACAGCGCUACUCUACCGAUAGUCCGGUGAUCCAUCAUCAUCACCAGCAGCAACCGCCGCAGCAACAGCCGCAGCAUCACCACCAUCAGCUAGCGAGCAGCCCGCACCAACACCAACACCAUCACCAUCCCCACCUGACCCCGUCGAGCCUCCUCGAGGUGCAACAGCAGUCUCACACAUCGAGGGGCGGCGAUGAGGCCGGCCUCAUGGAAGUGGAGGCCGGGGCCGGUAUACCUGGAGCGGGUGUUCUCGCCAGUGUACCAUCGGUGGUCGGCGGCAUACGGGCAACGUCGGGCGGCAGCGGCGUCGCCGGUGCCUACGGCGACACCGGCUCCGACAGCGGGGUAAGCUCCCUGAGGAGCGCAGGCUCGGGCGACGAGAGGAGCGGCAGCAGAAGUUCCGCGCUCAGCGUCGAGGAGACGACAUCGUCCUCCGCUCCGACAGCGGUUGCCGCUGCCACGCCUGCCAGGAUCUGGCACGUGCAAAGCGUGCAGCACACGUCGCUCCUGAUGGCGCAUCCGAGCCAAGGUGCGCCUAACCCCGCCGCGAGCGCCGCGGCGACCGCGCCGCCGGUCGGCUACCAGAGCCCGGCGCCACCGGGUCACCACGUCUCGUCGGAGAUGCUGUGGAGGCCGUCCAGAUAUCCGCCGCUGUCGCACGCCCUCUUGGGACCGCAGCCGCCCAGCCCGGAGGAGUUGCUGGAGAGGGACCGUCACGAGAGGAUGCUCCGAGAACGCCGCGAGGCGGAAGUGCGCGAGCUGGAGAAGCGCGAACGCGAGCGAGAGGCGAAGAUGGAACGUGAGAGGCUCGAGAAGCAGAGGGCGGCCGAGCAAGCAGUUCACAAGCACUUUGAGGAGUCGUUCAGGCUGGCACAACAGAAGACAUCUCAUGUCCCGCAGAGGAGCUCCUCUCUACCAUGGAACGCCUUCAUUCCCUUGCCGCCCACCGGCAGAAGCCAUGGGGCGCCGCUCUCGGGAAUGACCGCUCCGCACGCUGGCCACCAUCAUCCUGGCGGUCCGGGUGCGGCCGCGUCCGCCGCCGCCGCCGCGGCAGUCGCUCAUCCCAUGACCGUGGCGCAGCAGCAGCAACGGGAGCGCGAGAAGCGGGAGCUGGAACGGGAACGCGAGAAGCGGGAGCUGGAACGGGAGCGCGAACGCGAGUGGGAGCAGCAACGAGAAAAUGAACAGCUGGCGGCAGCCGUGAGGCUGCACUUCCGGCAGGCGGACACCAGGGAUCACGUCACCGCGCAGCAGGGGGCCGCUUAUUUCGCGGCUACAGCGCCGCCAUCUCAACAGGUAUCUCGACCUUCGAGCGUGCCUGGAAAAGUCGACUAUCAUCCACCACCGGCGCACUCGCGAACAUCCAAGCUGCCGUUACCCUCGGGCAGCACGCUGCACGAUAAGUCGUCACCAGUGGUGGGACCGUCGCACAGCUCGCUACCGAAAGCCGAGCCGAACAUAAACUUAUUUAACUAUACAUACUCGCCGACGUACAUGCGCGAAAUGAAAGUGAAGAGCGACCUGAGCCAAGCGCACAAGUCGCUGCCAAGCAAGAGCGGACUAGCCGGCGGCCUCGAGAGGGACCACCACGGUAGAGAGGUGCUGCAGAAUCCACCGUCUCUGUUGCCGGACCACAAAAGCUCAGUGAUCGUGAAGAACGAGGGACGAGAGUUGCCGAAGGCACCGGCGCCACAGCAGCACUCGUCCAGUCCGAAGAUAAUGUCUUACCUGAACGUCCAGUCGGUGGCACCGCAGCACAAAUCGUCCGCGUACGAGUACAGGAGUCCGACGCAGAGUCCGCACCAUCUGCACCACCUCGACAGUCUGCAGUCGGCAGCGAAAAGCAUACCGCCGCCACCGGCGAGUCAUCACCGCAGCAGUGGCGCCGUGCCGACGACAACGACGCAACUGCCGAGUCCACAUGGCCAUCCGCCGCCACCUCCGCCGGCGCCUGCGCCGCACCCGCACAACCGUCAGUCUCCACACGCCCAACACCCGCACGCUCAACCGCCACCACCGUUGCCGCCACAUCCCUCACCGCCGGAGCCGCGCUACCUGAACAGGCCGGAGCAACAGGGUAUACCAUAUGCUCCAGCGAAGUCCGCAUAUCCGUAUCCUCAUCCACAUCCGCCCACGGCUUCGCCGACGUCGCACUAUGCAGCGCCGACGACCGGUUCCAAGCCGAAGGUCAGCAGCCCGGCACCGCAACACUUCUACGGCAAGCCGAACUCCGGGAUCAUGACCGGCACACCGGUAUGCCGUGCAUCUGAGCCUGCCGUCGCCGCGCCGAUACCGUUGACCUCGAAGGCUGGCAGUUCGCCUUACCAGCAAGUGCCUCACCAUCACGGGGCGCCGACACACCUGCCGCCACCCGCGCACAGUAGAUCCGUCUACGACAGUCGGGGUGCUUACACCGGCUCGAUGCCGGCCGGAAAACUGCCGCCGCCGUUGCACGGUUCGCCACCCACGGCCGCUUCGGCGCCUCUCUCGAGGCCAAUCGUUCAUCCCGUUCAUCGUACCAUCAGCCCGCAUCAGCAGCCGAAUCAGACGAUGCAACAUGUGCAGCCGCAGAUCAACACGGCCUUUCAAACGCAACCGCUCGAUCUCGGGGUGGAGAGGUCCGGUUCGCCCAAGAGAAAGGCGCCGACGCCGUUGCUGUGCGACAAUAACGCUGGUCAACCGGUGGCUCUGGAAGUAUCCAAGAAACGCCGUACCGAGGAGCCGCAACCGCAGCCACAGCCGUUAUCGUUGCAAUGUGUCGGACCGUCUAUGCUUUCCAGGGUGAGCGAACCCAGUCCACUGAUCGCCUCCGCCGCCACAUCAAUCACUACCGUCGUCAAUACUGCGGCAUUACUCGCGCAACCGAAUAAUCAAGCGCAGGAACGCACGGUAACGGCGGUGAGCCCAGCACCAAGAACCUCCAGUGGUGAUGGCUCGGUGCGACCCGCUAGUACUGGCAGUGUGUGCUCGCUCAACCCCACGCCAGUGAGCGCAGUACCCAGUCCAGCACCUAUACCGAGUCCUGCGCCCUCUACCGCACCCAGUCCGGCACCUAGUGCCCCUGGCACACCUGCUAAAGUAAACAACAUCAAUACCAGCACCGCGGACAGCGAGAAGUCCAACAGUCCAGCACCGAGACCACCGAGCAGCACCAGUUACCCGGUGCACAAAUUGAAAAAAGCGUGGUUACAAAGGCAUUCUGGCGAGGAUGGCACAGAGGAUACAACCGGCAUUGUCGGCAGCGGCUCCUGCCUUACAUUACCCUUAAAAAUAUCCCAGGUGCCAUCGCAACCUUUGAACAACAAGGAACACCGCGAGAGUAGCAGCGGCACGUCCAAUACGACCAACAACGCGCCGACGAGCACCUGUUUGCCCAGUGCCGUCAAUUCGAUUCAUAAUAUCGGUAGUAUGGCGGUCAACAGCAUUAACAAGAGCAAGGUAACCGGCAAAAGUGGUCGGAAACCGGCGAACAAGGAAUCCCUCAACGGCCACGCUACAGAUACCAAGACUCCGCAGGAAGACUCGUCCAGCAGCGACCCGGAGAGGAAGUCGCCGCCCAAGCGAAAGCCACCCAAGGUAAAACGAAAGAAGGGCGCCGCACGAAGGCAACAAACAGCCGCGGAAGAUCAGCGGAGGCGGAAAGAGGACAAGCAGGGUGGUGGAGCUGGUGCGGGUAGCGAGUCCAGCAAUGAGAGCGAGGCAGGCUCUGCUAGUGACACCAGUGAGCAGCUAAGCUCCAUUCAGCCUACGUCGAGGGUGCGACACACCACGGCUAAUUCCAACAAUUCCUCGGGAAACGGAAGUAACAAGGAGCCUAGGAAACGCGGUAGGAGACCAAAGACUACGAAGGGUAACGAAGUUGGAGGGGAAGAUCAACAACCCCGACAGAAGAAGGAACGCAGGGACGACAGCGCGAGCGGUGGUAACAAUGGUCCGGGCGGGAGCGGCGGGAGAGGUGAUCCCUUUCGCAAACCACCAAUAUCACAACUGAAGAAGACCGGUGAGAGCUGGUUACAGGACGGCGCCUGCUUCGAAGUGGCGCCCAAGCUGGCGAAGUGUCGCGAGUGCCGAUGGACGCCGCACCAGCGCUCCAAAAAUCUACCGCAGAAUAUCUUCUGCAGAUUCUACGCAUUUCGCCGGCUGCGCUAUACCAAAAACGGGCAACUGGCCAUAGCGGGAUUCAGCGAUCCACACAAGGAUGCAUCCGAGGAAGAUCUUCGAUUAUGGUUACCAGGAAAGGAUAACCAGGAGUCAACGGGGAAAGACGAGAAAUCCGAGAAGAACGAGAAAGACAAAGGAGAUCGGGAAGAUUUAGACUUGGAGACGGCUCAUCGGCUUCUUCGGCAGGUUGGCGAUCAAUUCUGUGAUCUUUUACAUCAGGAGAAAGAUGCCCUCCAAGAACAUAUGGCCGAAGCGAGUUCGGGGGUUAUAGACGGAACGGUAGCGUGGAAACGAGUGAUCCAAGGUGUCCGAGAAAUGUGCGACGUAUGUGAGACUACGCUGUUCAACUAUCACUGGGCUUGCGGCAAGUGUGGUUUCGUCGUCUGCAUCGAUUGUUACAAGGGACGCAAGAAUGGAACGAUCAAGAUCUGGGGCGACUGCGGCAAAGACCGGGACGAUUUCUCGUGGCUGCUAUGCACAAACAGACAAGCUCACGAGCCGGAACGACUCAUGUUGACACAGAUCAUCGCCGGCGACAGUCUCCUGCGUCUCGGUCAACGUUUGCACGAGUGCCGCGCGGAAUGGGGAAUCGCGCAGCAUUGCGCUUGCUCGCUCGCGAUGCCUUCACAGCCGAACGAAAUCCUCCGGAACUUGAUCAAAGGCGACUCCGUGCUGGUGCUCAACGGAAACGUCAAGCAGGAGGUGAAGGAAGAGAAGAAGCUGAACGAGUCUAAUGGUGCGUCGUCGGAGAGCAAGACCAACGGCGAGGACAAUUCAUCGCUGAAUUGGUUGGCCGAGGUGGCGUUGCAGAAUCAGCAGGAGAAGCCUCCCCCCGAGAGCGGCACCAGCUCGGACUCGGACGAGGAUCGCGAGGAAGGCUUCUCGACACUGCGGGAGCUGCUUGUCGGAUCUUCACACAAGUCGAACGGUAACGGAUCUAGAUCAAACUCGCCCACAAAUAAUGCGAGCGGCGUGAACACUCCCGCUGGUAAUAACGUCGCCAAAUCCGGCAAGAAAUCAAAGAUGGAUACGCUCGACGAGGUAAUAUCCAGCGUGAUCGAACAUAGUGUGAAGAAGGAACGAGACAGCGGUAUGGACGACGAGAAACCACGAGAGUUGAAGCACUUCGUGCGACGUUAUAAGUGGACGCAGCGAGGUCGCGAGCCGUUACCCAUUAGGAUCAUGACUCUGACAGAGAGCAAGAGUUUGUAUCCGGACGUACCACAUUCGUGGCUCUGCGACGGCAAGAUGCUAAGGUUAAAUGACCCGAACAAUCCCAACAAUUACCGGAUAUUCCAGGACCAGUGGAAACGCGGGCAACCUGUGAUCGUCUCCGACGUUUCCAAGGCGUUAGACAUGAAUCUGUGGCAUCCGGAUUCGUUUGCACGCGAUUUCGGCGACGAAAAGAACGAUCUCGUCAACUGUAUGACGGGUAAUUUGGUGCCGAAUCAACCGAUGCGUAAAUUUUGGGAGGGAUUCGAGCACUUUUCCAAACGGCUCAAGGACGAGCGGGGCAAUCCUAUGUUGCUGAAACUGAAAGACUGGCCGCCCGGUGAGGACUUCGCCGAGCUGCUCCCGUCGAGAUUCACGGAUCUGAUGAAGGUCCUGCCGUUGUCCGAGUACACUCACAGAAACGGUAGACUGAAUUUAGCGAGCCGUUUACCCAAUUGCUUUGUAAGACCGGACCUAGGGCCGAAGAUGUACAACGCCUACGGCUCCGCGCUUCACCCCAACAAAGGCACGACUAAUCUCCAUCUGGACAUCUCUGACGCCGUGAACGUCAUGGUGUACGUGGGUAUCCCGAAGGAUGCCGACAGCGACGAACACAUCAAAGAGGCAUUGAGAGCGAUAGACGAAGCAGGCUGUGAUAUUCUGACGCGUCGUCGGGUGCGCGAACGCGGCGAGGCACCCGGUGCGUUGUGGCAUAUUUAUCCGGCGCGCGACGCCGACAAAAUUCGAGACCUUCUGAAUGCCGUAGCGUUAGAACGCGGCGCUCGCUUGGAACCACAUCAUGACCCCAUCCACGACCAGAGUUGUUAUCUUGACGGCCCGUUGCGAGAACGAUUGUACCGAGAAUACGGUGUCGAAGGGUACGCCAUUGUUCAAUGUUUGGGCGACGCGGUAUUCGUGCCGGCCGGCGCGCCGCAUCAAGUCCGCAAUCUUCACAAUUGCAUCAAAGUGGCUGAAGAUUUCGUGUCGCCGGAGAAUGUCUCGCAUUGUUUCCACCUGACUCAGGAGUUCCGCGCGUUAUCAGACACGCACACCAAUCACGAGGACAAGCUGCAGAUUAAGAAUAUCAUAUACCACGCGGUGAAGGAUUCACUGACCGUCUUAGCAAACGUCAAGGAAGAGACUCUCACCAAGCUCAACGAGACGAAGACGAAAGAGGAAACGUAGCCUUAGGCCCCCGCAAUACGGUAAGACCCGUGGAUGAUCAUUAGAACGAAUUUCGUCGUCACUAUGACGAAACCAACUCCGCUCGCCGUUCCUCGGCGUUCCCGAACAGCGGAGAAUCUUGCUGGCAAGAAUAACCGGGAGAAACUGCAGAAGACGACCUCCUUCCCCUCCGCGAAGAAAUCGCCUCGUGGAGGCGCGUCGCUGAGGUAAAGAAUUUGUUGUGAUACUUGACCAGGAACCAUUUUGGAAAACAUUAUAAUUUGCGAUAUCGCCUGAGCCAGUAUUUGGUUAUUUGUUUUUUUCUUUUUGUUUAUUUUCGGGCUGUCUCUUGCACCGAGUCCGUUUUUUGCUCUCCCGUUUUACGGGCAAAAAGCCGCCCGCGGACAUGAAGUCCGACGAGCUAUAUAAGAUAUGUGAGAAGAGAAAGGGGGAGAAAGAUUUGUGGGCCGGAUCGCGCUAUGAGUAAACGCCGCGUCCAUUUACUAUUGUGAUACAAGGAGGACUCUGUGGAUCGUACGUUACUUGUAAUUAAUUAUAUCGUGCCUGUAUCCAAUACACAUUCACACACACACACAUACACACUGUCUAUAUUAUAUAAAUGUAGAUAAUUGAAUAUAUAUAUUAUAUAUAUUAUAUAUACAUACUGUGUACUGAAUGAAUUUUUGCUAGCAACUACGCGAGACGGUUGUCUAGGAGUACCUUUGUGCAAUUAGAUGGUUGAACAGUUUAGCUGGAUCAGUGAUAAAUAUUGGAUCCAUUAAUCGUGUGCUCUGGUGCUUUCUCUGGUGUAUCUCUGGUGUAGCCCCGCCAGAGAUAGUCGAUACGUAUUCGCGUUAGAUUUUUAUGUUCCACGUAAAAAUGGUGUAAGUGAUGAAAGCAAAAAACACUGCCUAACUAAUCGGUUCGACGACAAUGAGAAGAGACAAGUCUUCUCUCGCAAUCAUUCUAAUAGAUUGCUUACAACUCAACGAGUUGUUGUUCAAAGUCGCGAUUGCUUUUUUACGGCGAACCAUAUGUAUCGGCUAUGAACAUCGGCGGGGUGAUAUAAGUUUUGUAUGACUGUCACUUCGAUUAUAAGGCAUCAGAACGUAACAAAAAAAAAAAGAAUUACAACUUCUUCGAUAUUACUUCUUCGAACCCGGUGUAUCGCAACCCGUCGUGUAACGGGGGUGUAAUUAAUAAGAUAAAUCUGUUAUUUUUGUCAAAACCACGCGAACCGUCUAUAAAAUCCGACACGUGAAAGAGUGAAAAAAGAAGAAUGAAAAGACAGCGAUAAUCUAAUUGUAUCGUAAUGGGAUAUUAACUGAUAGGAAUAAAAUUAUGCAGUAAUGUUAUUUUAAAAAGAAUGAGAGAGAGAGAAAGAGAACGACAAAAAAGAAGAAGGAAGAAAGAGCGUAAAAGUAAAAGCGUAACGACUUUCGAAGUGCCAAUGUUGAACGACGUGGGACAUUUAAGUGUGUACGCGUUAUGUAUCGUAUAUGCGUAGGUAGAAAAAAAUGAAGAACAAGAAGAGGAAAAAAGAGGAAAACAAUUAGUCACACAGAAUCUGCAGAGAUGACAGGCCGAGUUCCUAUCAUUCGACAGUUCGCGCGAAGACGAAGUCGCCGCGCUCUAUCCGCCGCACUGUCAUUGUCUCGCGAUUCGAAAACUGCUGUAGUAGCUUCUGUUACCUUCGUUACCUUAUCUCGCGAGAUUCGUUCAAUAAACAUUGCUCAAUGAAGCAAACAAGAAAACAAGAUAUUAUAAACGAGCGAAUGUAACUAUUAGCCCAGAUCUACAAUAUGCUCUCUUUGUUUCCUAUAUUUUUCUCUUUAUCUUUUUCUAGCUUAAACUUUCUAGCUUUGAACUUUAGUCAAAAAAAAAGAUAGUGAUAAAGAAACAGGGAGCAAAGAACACAUUGUAGAUCAGACUUUGGAGAUUCUUUCCGACUUUUGCGUUCGUGUUUUUUUUUUUUUUUUUUUUUUUUUUUCUUUAAGCAAACUUGAAACAGCAGCUCUCGAAUCGGGCGUAUCUACUUAGCGUCUUUUGCGCCACUUUACGCGCCGAUCGAUCGUCGACUGUAUUACGGUUGGUUAAUAAUCAUCGACACCGAUGAGACAUGUAAACGAAUGAAAAUAUCGGAAAAUAGACGAACGAACCGAAAGGAGAGGAAAAAAAAAAG